GACAUGCAGAGAAGGCACUGCCCACAUGGCGGACGAGGAAAUAAUCACAUUGGUAAAAACCACAGUGAAACAAAUGGUGAAGGGCACGCUGCAGGUCUGUUUAUGCACAAGUGUCAAGGCCCAAGCUCAUCAACAGCAGCACCUAUAGACAAGAAGUUGGUCAAUGACCCUCUUGAAUCAGAUGAAGUGAGAACGGUUCUUUCGAAAGGCUACAAGAGGACAGAUGUGGCCUCUGUGGUGGAAGCCAUUUUGAAAGCUGGUGGGAUAAUUACUGUUGACAAGCUUAUGCGUGCUCUUGGCCGUAUUAGAGCAAGGAGAAUAGUUCGAAAAUGAUUGACAUUAUUUUGAUAUAGCACAUGGUAUUGGUGCAUGAAUUAAAAACCUUAUAUGUCUAUCUUCACUUAUUGUAACUGUCAAAAGUAUCACUGGAUAAAGUGUCAUGUGUAAUUAAUUAAUAAAACCAAAAUCUUAUAAGAACAUUAUUAGUCCCUUACUGGUUGAAAACCAGUUUCGGUACUACAGGAUGCAUUUUUUUGUCUUUCCUAUUUUUGUCCAUAACUGUCAUCUGUCAAGGACAAAUGUUCCCAAUAAUUAGGCGACAUGUCAUGCACAAAUUGAAACUCCUAGCUCAGUGGUCAACGGGUUUUUUUUUCUUGUUCAGUUUGUAACGCAACAGUCCAUGAAGGGAUUUUAAUAUUACUUGGUUACAUAUGUUCCCCGUAAUAAGAUGAUGUGUCAUAUUCUUAGCUUAAAGGGCAAGGUCACGCUUGUAGGUCAAAUUGACAUGGUGUUUAAAUGGUCAGUCGUCAUGCAAAAUACACAGACCCCUAGCUCAAAAGUCAAGUCAAAUGUCAAGAGAGACUUUUUCUUGUCCAAUCAAUAACUCUGUUAUCCAUUAAGGGAUUUGAAUAUUAUUGGGCACAAAUGUUUUCCAUAAUGAGAAAUAUCUUCCAGUGGUUCCUGGAACUUCCAGUUUGCCCUUAGGGGCCAAGAGAGCAAAACUAGAAAAAGCUUUGAACGUCUUCUUCUCAUGAACUUAGCUUCAUGUAUUUCACCAAACAUGGUUUGUAGAAUCCUUGAAAAGUGCUUUCAAAAUUUUAUUCAAAUGGUUUCACUUGGUCCUAUUAAGAAAGAUGUUGUGAUUAGCGUCUUUUUAUUGACUUUCUCAAAUGUGUUUAUGCUCCUUUAUAUCACUUGGGGACUUGGAGUUAAAAAUAAAAAUAGCCAUUCAGAUGACUUUUUAAAUGGAUCUUCCCCAAAUUUGUGUAGCAACAUUGUGUGGAUCGUACUCGGAUUUGCUCAAAUUGGUCAGCUAGACUACACUUAGGCUGCCAGAGCAAGUUUGUCCACGCAACUCCUUUGACACCAGUUGAUAGAUUUACACUUAACUUCACAGGCGUGAUCAUUGCCAAGCCUUAUUGUGCGUGUCUCAGAAUUGAAUGAUUUUUAGCGAGGUUAUCGCCCUUGAUUUAUUAAAUUCAAUAUGUUUCGGUCAUUUCUCUUUUAUUAUCGGGUGGAAUUCCAUUAAACUUUAAGAAGUUAUCAGUAACAAGCCUCAUAGUGCAUAUCGUCAUCAUGUUCAGGUUCAUUGAUUUUCAGUGGAGUUUUGGCCCUUGACUUGUUGUAUUUUUGCCUUGUCUGGGCAACUUCGCUACAACCAGGAGAAAUUACAGCAAACUUCACAGAAGUGAUCAUUGCUAUGCCUAGUUGUGCAUAUCAUCUGCAUGUUCCAGUUUAUUGUUUGUCAACAGAGUUACAGCCCUUGAUUUGUCAAGUUUUAUGAUGCUUUAGCCACUUGUUACAUAAUAGUGCGAAUUUCCUCAAAACCUUACUGGAGUGAUCAGUGCCCCUGCUUCAGUAAUUUUCAGCAAAGUUAUUGCUCUUGAUUUGUCAUUUUUAGUGUUUACUUGUAUACAAGUUGGCUGAAUUUCACUAUGAUCUAUUGAAUUUUAUGAUGUUUCAGCCACUUCUCUUUUACUAUUGGGCAGAAUUCCACCAAAACCUCACAGGAGUUAUCAGUACCAAGCCUUAUUGUGCAUAUUUUGCAUGUACAUGUUCCAGUUUAGUGACUUUCAGUGAAGUUAUAACUUGUCACCUUUUACCUUGUCUAGGCAACUGUUGCGAUACCACAAGGAGAAAUUACAGCAGACUUUUAAAAAAUGAUCCUAAGCCUAGUUGUGCAUUUCGUCGACAUGUUCCUGGGUUUAGUGUUCCUUCAGCAGAAUUAUAGCCCAUGAUUCGUCAAAUGAUAUGUUUUACUGGUACUGAUGAUAAACCCGGAUAGAUGAUAAAGUCGACCACCUUGGAAAUAUUUGAUUGCAAUCGGUUAUUUAAAAAAUUGAACACACCAUCUAAUAAUUUCCAUUUACAACACCAACUGGUGUAAAUAAAAACAAAAUUGGUAAAUAUUCUGUAUAAAUGAAUGACUUACAUUUAUCUGUAUAAAAUGUUUUAUCCAAAAUUACUGGGGAAGAGGGUGUUUUUUGCGCAUGCUCACUGUCGCCACAUGAAGGCCUGACAUUGGGUAACUUUUUAUUACUUAAUCAGGAAUGAUUCUUGCAGCUUUUUGGAAAAGUUUCAAUAUAAUACUACAAAGAAAAUUUUGUAAACGACAAAGUGUUCGAAUUUAUCAUCAGUCAACCUGCUUUCAGUCCCCAAUUUACUAACCCCUUUCAGGGCCUCACUUCGUGUGAGUUUGCUAACUAAAUAUAAAUUUAAAUUAUGCAAAGUUUUCAGCAAAUGUUAAGCUUUAUUUUGAUACCAACCAUUGAUUACAAAUUGCAGAAAUAAAAAAGUUACAGGUAAAAACUCUCAUUUUCUGUUCGGGUUUAUCAUCAGUACCAGUAGCCACUUCUCUUAUAUAGUAGGGCAGAUCUCCAUCAAACCUAAUAGGAGUGAUCGGUGUUAUAAUUUUUUUAUGCAUUUUAUAAACUUGUUCUUAUUCAGUGAUUUUCUGGGGAGUUUUGGUCCUUUUUGUCAAAUUUUAUGAUAUUUUGGCAACUUUUCUUCCACCAUUGAGCUGAUUUUCGCCAAACCUUACAAGAAUAAUCUGUGCCAAGUCCUAUCAUGUAUAUUACCAACAUGUUCCAGUUCAGUGAUCUUCAGCAGAGUUAUGGCCCUUGGUUUGUCAUAUUUUACAGUGUUAAAUCUACUUUCUUUAUAUAGUUAGGCUGGAUUUUAUCCACCCUCACUUUGUGAAGCAAAGUUGUGCAUAUUAUUAAAUUAUUUGCAGCGAAAUCAUGACCCUUGGUUGGCCAAAGUCUUUUAUUUGUACCACUUCUCCUAUACCAUUGGUUUGAAUUCCACCAGACUUUACAGGAGUUACCACUGCCAAGCCCGAUUGUGACAAAUAAUUUAAAAACAUUGUUAAUACUCUAGAGGUCACAUCUUGUACAGGACCUUUUAAUAAAACUUUGAUGGACUGAUAAGUUUAUGUUCAAAACUGAGUUACGUAUGUCAUAAUAUGGAAUAUAAGUUUGUGUCGCAUGUAUCUUAAAAUGUAUUUAAAUUAGAGUAGUAAUAAAACAUUAGGAGAUUGCAAUAAUUAUAACAUGUUUAGUUGCGCACCUGGUGUUUUGUUUUGGAUUUCACUUAACCAGACUGAAGUUAAGGUUCUUGACUUAGUGAAAACUACAUAUAUAGGCUGAAAAGUUUAUGUUGCAGUAUACCUUGAAAAUUGCUCCUAGAGUCACGAAAACAUGUAGGAAUAUUAUCCAGCAUGUUAAUUUAUGCACCUCAAUUUCUUUUGAAUUAUUUUUCUUUUAUCACUUUGCAAGACCAAUAUGGCACUGCAAGACCACAGUUAUGGCCCUUUACUUAGUCAAAAAAUGAAAGUUUGUGCCCCAUGAUUAGUACUUCUCAUUAUAACAACAGUUAAUGAAAAAUUGAAGUUUUAUUAUUUUAGGGAUUCUAUAAAAGCAGCGUAAGUUAACAACAUCACAUCUUCUUCUACCUGUCCUUUCCUUCUCUUAGUAGCUUAUUACAGGAUUCAGUACUUGUAUUUGUUUGUGCUCAAACUAAAUGACAUUUAGGUAACUUUUAAAUUUUAUUAUCUCGGGUAAAAAAAGUAGUUCACUUGGUCAGAUCAUAGAAAAACUUUAUAAACACUCUUAAGGGAGCGUAAUUUGUGCCUUAUCUUUAUGAAACAUAGUCAGAAUGAUUUUCGUUUUGAAGUUAGUACCGUAAGUUUAUUUUUUGGUCAUUAGGGUCAAAACUAUGUCACUUGGCCAAAUCAUUGAAAAACUUGUUAGUCCCCUACUGGUUGAAAACCAGUUUCGGGGACUAUAGGAAUGCGCUUUUCCAUCAUUCCGUCAUUCUGUCAUUCCUUCAUUCCGUCCGUCCGCAAUUUCCUGUCCGAUCCAUAACUUUUAUCCAUAAAGGGAUUUUAAUAUUACUUGGCACAAAUGUUCCCCAUGAUGAGACGACGUGUCGUGCGCAAAACCCGGACCCCUAGCUUGAAGGUCAAGGUCACAAUUGGAGGUCAAAGGUCAACAUGGCUUUUUUCCUGUCCGGUCCAUAACUCUCUCUUCCACGAAGGGAUUUUAAUAUCACUUGGCACAAUUGUACCUCAUAAUAAGAUGAUGUGUCAUGCACAACUUUGAUACCCCUAGCUCAAAGGUCAAGGUCACACUUAGCAGUCAAAUGUUAACAUGGCAUGAACAGGGUCUGUUUCGUGUCUGGUCUAUAUCUCUUUCAUCCAUGAAGGGAUUUUAAUAUUACUUGGCACAAAUGUUCCCCAUGAUGAGACAACAUGUCAUGCGUAAAACCCGCGCCCCUAGCUCAAAGAUCAAGGUCACAAUUUGAGGUCAAAGGACAACAGGGCUUUUUUCCUGUCCGGUCCAUAACUCUCCCAUCUAUGAAGGGAUUUUAAUAUCAAUUGGCACAGUUGUACCUCAUAAUAAGAUGAUGUGUCAUGCACAACUUUCAGACCCCUAGCUCAAAGGUCAAGGUCACACUUAGCAGUCAAAUGUUAACAUGGCAUGAAUAGGGUCUGUUUCCUGUCCGGUCCAUAACUCUGUCAUUCAUUAAGGGAUUUCAAUAUUACUUAGCACAGAUGUUCCCCGUGAUGAGACAACAUGUCUUGCACAAAUCCCGGAGCCCUUGUUCAAAGGUCAAGGUCACAAUUGGGGGUCAAAUGUCAAUAGGGCUUUUUUCCUGUCCGGUCCAUAACUCUGCCAUCCAUGAAGGGAUUUUGAUAUUACUUGGCACAAAUGCGCCCCCCCCCCCCAUGAUGAUGCAACAUGUCAUGCGCAAAAUCCACACCCCUAGCUCAAAGGUCAAGGUUACAAUUGGAGGCCAAAGGUCAAUAGGUUUUUUUUCCUGUCCGGUCCAGAACUCUGUCAUCCAUCAAGGGAUUACAAUAUUACUUGGCAUAAAUGUUCCCCAUGGUGAGUCGACGUGUCGUGUGCAACACCCAGAACCCUAGCUUAAAGGUCAAGGUCACACUGAGAUCAAAGGUCAAUAGGAUUUUUUUCCUGUCCGGUCUAUAACUUUGUCAUGCAAAACAGGAUUUAAAUAUCAGUUGGCACAAACAUUUCCCUGGAUGAGACAACAUGUUGUGCGCAAAGCCCCAGCUCUAGGUCUAAGGUCAAGGUCAUACUUAGAAGUCAAAGGUCAAAUUCAAGAAUGACUUUGUCUGGAGCAUUUCUUCUUAAUGCAUAAAGGGAUUUUAAUGUAACUUGGCACAAAUGUUGACCACCAUGAGACGAAUUGCCGCGCGCCAGAACCAGGUCCCUAGGUCUAAAGUCAAGGUCAUAAUUAGAGGUUAAAGGUCAAAUUCAAGAUUGACUUUGUCCGGAGCAUUUCUUCUUCAUACAUGGAGGGAUUUUGAUGUAACUUGGCACAAAUGUUCACCACUAUGCGGCACACUUGUUUUAGAAUUAUAUCCCUUUGUUGUUACUAUAAAUAGAAUAUAUUGUAACUUUUUUAUUACUGGUCGUAGGGAAAAAUUGAGACCACUUUUCUGUGGUACAACAUGCAUGAUACAUCCAAUUGGUAGGUGUAUUUUGGUCUAUCCCUACCUGGUUAAGAGUUUCUUGUGGACUUAUAUUUUAUAGAAU